AUGCGUCUCUCCUUCGUCCCGCUACUGUAGCUCUCUCGUCUGAUCGUUAGCACACAACAUAGUACAAAAAUGAGCACGGUACACCUUACCUGCAAAAUGAAUGAAAUAGCUCUCUCGUUGCUGGCGCCAACGCAGCCAUUGGACGCUGACCAGGGUGUUAUGUCACCGAUGGCCUCAUCAGACCAGGCAAUCUCAAUUGGUGACUUUCGGUUCCUGAGAACCCACCACGAUAAAGAAGAGCGGGGCUUGCUGGUUACCAGCCUCACAAAGGGUUUUGCUGAAACAUCAUUUCCGUAUCGAUACACUUCGAUGUGCACAACUAUUUGUUCAAUUACGCAUUCUCGGGCAGAUGCUGCGGCUGCGAAGCAGGC